GCAGUCAUCUUUCACAAUGGCAUCCAGCAAACACGCUGGAAUUUGUACGGAUGCAUUUGUGUGUCCAGUUUGCCUCGAAUUAUUAAAUAAUCCAGUUAUCCUGGACUGUGGGCAUAACUACUGCAAGGACUGUAUUGACAGAGUUUGGGACAGUCAGAAACAGCCUUUCUGUCUUGAAUGUGGGGAGAAAUUCCUAGUUAAAAAGUGUACAGUAAAUGGUCUGCUAGCAAAUGCGAUCCAGAUGGUGCAGGCAAAUCAUCAGAAAGUAGAGGAACUAGAUCCUAGACAGAAAAACAGUGAUCAUCUCUGUACGAAGCAUGAGAAAAGGCUGGAGCUAUUUUGUGAAGAUGAUGAGAGUCUAUCCUGUGUGCUGUGCAUUCCAGAACAUCAGGGUCACAAAUUCCUGCCAGUACAGAAUGCAUUUAGCAAGAACAAGGACAACUUAACAGCAUUACUGCCCCUUCUACAGUCAAGUCUAAAACACUUUAAAGAAAUAAAGUGCCAGCAGAAAAUGAAGAUAUCAGAAGUUACAGACAAUGCCAGAAGUUUACAGCUGCACAUUGCGUCAGAAUUUGCCAAGCUUCACCAAUUUCUCCAGGAAAAGGAAGAAAAACUGGUCCAACAACUGAAGGAGGAAGAAACAGGAAUUUUGAGGCAGAUAGAGGAAAACCUGAGAAAAAUUAAAGAGAAUGUUAAUGCUGCUCAAGAGUCAGUAUUUCUUAUUCGGCUGCAACUGCAGGAACAGGAUCCACUAAAUUUUCUAAAGAAAAUCAAGUCAUUACCAGAGAGAAUCAAAAAGUGCCAUAACCUAUCCGAUAAACAAGGUAUCAUGGCCAGUGAUCUUUGUGUGGGGGCAUACAAAGGUCCCCUGCAGUAUGGAGUAUGGAAGGAGAUGAAAUCUAUCCUUAAUCCUGGUCUGUCUAAUCUUUCACUGGACCCUAACACAGCGCACCCUAAGCUAGUUCUGUCUGAGGAAAUGACUAGUGUCAGUCAUGGUGACAUCAGGCAGCAGCUUCAUGACAAUUAUGAGAGGUUUAAUAACUGUGUCAGUCUACUGGGAUCAGAGAGGUUUGAAUCUGGGAGACACUACUGGGAGGUAGAUGUGGGGAACAAGACUGACUGGGAUGUUGGUGUCACCGUAGAGUUCAUCAACAGGAAGGGGGAGAUCAACCUGAGUCCAGAGGCCGGAUACUGGGUUCUGUGUAUGAGGAAUGGGAGUGAGUAUGUGGCAAUGGAUUCACCACCCAAAGAUCUCAGCCUGAGUGUGAAACCCCAGAGGAUUGGGGUAUACCUGGACUAUGAGGGAGGACAGGUGGCCUUUUAUAAUGCCCAUAAUAUGUCCCACAUCUAUACCUUCAAUGACACAUUCACUGACAGACUCUGCACUUACUUUAGCCCUUUUCUUAACAACGCUGGUAAAAAUGGAGAACCCCUGAAGAUCUUCCAUUUAAAAUUAUAAUUCAUAUUGCAAACAUUUGAUUUAUGAACAGAAAGUUUAACUGUUUCUCUUGUAUCAAAGAAUAAUUUGUAAAUUUUACACAAAGAAAGAAAAAUGCAAGAAGAGUUUUAAACAUAUUUACUGAGUCACCCCAUUGCUUAAUGUGACUGGUAUGUAUAAAACAAUAAGUUCUAAGAUAAUUAAACAGACAAUCAAAUUA